CUCCGGGCUGUAGCGCGCCUCCUGAAAAUGAGGAAACAGAGCGAGAAAACAACAAAAACGUUAUAACUGUGCGAGCGGCUCUCUACAUAAUAACAGCUGCACACUGGCUCAGCACUGAUGCACACAUGGAAUUUAAACAAUACAUCAAAGUGCAGUUUUUGCAUUUUUACCAGAAACAGCGCAGUGCCUCCUCACAGUGAAAGCAGAGCUCCUGAAUACUUGCAUGUGUGUGAGUGUGUUGCGUGCUGAGCUCCACCAUGGUUCAGUGGCAGCUCUGCACUCCGGAGAACCUGAUGUAUUCAGGGUUUGGCCGUCCUUUUCCACGACACGGCCUCCAGCUGCUCUUUUGGUUUUCCAACCAGUGUGUGACCUGCGAGGUCGUCCAGCUGGUGGUCACCAUGAAGCUGGUGUCGGACUGUCAGCCGGAGAACGGGAACUUCGGCUUCCACCUGUUUGGAAACAUGGAGGAGCUCCUUCCUGUUCUGAGCAGGCCCAGGAAGAGCAGGAGUAAGGUUACGUACUUUGAGGUUGGCAACCUGAGCACAGAAACUUAUCCUGCUUCUGCACACCUGCCGGCGUACGUGAGGGAAAAUUAUCGGUCGGGUGUCAGAAGCAACAACUCCAACAUCGAUCGCAUCAUCAUUGGUUACCGGGUGAGGACCCGGGUGGUGGAGACGGUGUACAUCACUGAGCACGACCCAGCCGCCUUUGGGAGGUUCAGAUUCGACAGGACUUUUGAAAUCAGCUGUGAACUGAUCCAGGCCCUGCAGAACCCCCAGCUGGACCUCACCAGCUUCCUCAUCCAGAUGGGCUACUACGUAAAUGUGCUCCAGGGCAUAGGAGAGACCCCCUACUCGGAUCCAUCAGCUCAGCAAACCUGCAGCGUGGUGCAGUACUACAGCGGAUCCACACAGCAGCCCAGCAGCUACGAGCAGCACGUGCACUACAGCUACAACACAUCAGCACAGAGCGGGCCUGCAGCUAACUACAGGAAACUACCGGCGUACAGUUACUGGAAGCUGCCUCGUGAAGCUUUCAGUGGAAAACCAAAGAAGCGGGAUGGCGGCGAGGACUUUGGCUUCCUGAAGCUUCUUCUCGGCGCUGGAGCGCUCUACUUAGCAGCCAAGUGUCUGUUCUGGUUACUCGGCAGCUGGUGGAGCGAAGACGUGGACGGAGACGUGGCGCUGAAGCCACAGUGGACUCCGACGUUUUGGCGCCGCGCUCCCAGCGAUCGGCACACGCACGUCAUGCUGGAUUACGUCUUCUAAAACUCACACGUGGUAUCAAAUGUCACACAAAGCUGUGGACUUUCUGGACUCCAGCCUGUGCACUGUGCUGUUUUCCACACUGGAGGAAAAAUGAUCAUUUUAAACGAUUUUAAGGUGUUUUUGCUUUAUGUUUGACACAGACUGGACCAAAAUCACAUUACGCAUUCAUCCAUGCAUCCAGCUGAAUCUGUAAACACUGAAGUGCUGAUCUCUGAAAUCUUACAUUUUAAAAAUCAGUGCAGUAUUCAUGUGAUGGUUCCUGUUCCAGGAAGCAGCUUUAGCUCCAGAUGACUCAGUUUCCACUUCCACAAAGUCAGCUCUGAUUAUUUUCAUUAGUGGAGAAAGAAAGCCAUCACCAAUCGAGCUCCGAUACCACCAUUCACCGCGGCAACGGAAAAAUAAAGAGCAGGGCAGCGAUUUUAAUCCAGAAGACGAAGCAAUAUGAGCGUGUGUCAGGACGGGCGCAUCAGAGAUCACACACUCGCAGUGAGACUGAUUUUGGUCGUUUUUAGUGGAAAAUAAACUCAAAC